AUGCCACCGAUUCGGGAUGUUGAAGUCAUUUUUCUCCGUGUCACAAUUCAGAACUACGCUAGAAGAACUUGUUUGCAUUUCUCAAACCAGAGUAUGAUACUAGAUCGAUACUUGUAUGAGAACCCGAAGUUAAUAAUUCCAUUCCGUUCCAUUCGCAGUGAUGAGGUGGGGUUCUUGCACCCAACACAAUUCUGCUCACUAGAAGAUGACGAUUCCAAUUCCCAACAUUCGGAGCCUCACCACACAAGGUACUUGUGGUGCAGAGACCACAAGCUCGCCAUCUCCGCCGAGAUCCUGCCCAGGCUCUAUCGCGCUGCCCGGGAUGCCUACUGCAACGCAAGAGAUGCCCCGCUAUCCCCUACUCAUCUCAUGAGGCACACCAAGGCACUACUCAUACUUUGUCCUGACCUACUUACUGCAUGGAACUCCAGGAAUAUGGUGCUAUCAGCAGAGUAUGAUUUCACAAAGCUCAAGGAUGAGCUGCAAUUGUGUGCCUUGAUCCUUUCCUACUCGCCAAAGAACGAGAGCACAUGGAGCCAUAGGAGGUGGGUGAUAAAACAAGUUGCAGAGCAACAUCAAGAUAUGUCGGAGAUUAUAGAGAAUGAAUCAAUACUAGUCAAAGAAAUAGCAGAGAAAUCGAAAAUGAACUACCGUGCGUGGAGGCAUCGAUGCUGGCUUAUUCCUUACAUGACACGGAAACAGGUGCUGGAUGAACUGAAGAAGUCAACAAAAUGGAGUGAGCUACAUGUUGCUGACAAUUGCUGCUUUCACUACCGAAGGUCCCUUCUUCUUACGCUACUAGAAAGUCGCCUGGGGAAUGGAGAGGAUUCCCUUAGUUGGGAGUCAGAAACUUACCUACUAUGGAAGGAGGAGCUGAGGUGGGAUGAGAUGCUGAUUAGACGCUACCAAGGGAGAGAGUCGUUGUGGAACCAUCGCCGGUUCCUUUCGCAGUGGUGGAUACAGCGCUUGCUCACCGUUGAAGAAACCUGCCCCUCAACGAUGUCCCAGGUGGAUCUAUUUGUGAGCCAGGAGAUAUACCUGCUGUCAGAGUGCCUGAAUGACCCUGAGGAUGAGUUUGAUGAGUCACCAAGUCCCGGCAUUGAAAGGGAAGCUGGAAGAAAGGCUGCAUUCCAUUUCCCUGGGGAGGCUGUAGGACGUGGUGGAAAGAGCCUGCAGGCCGGAGAAGAGGCGGUUGUGGAUGAAUCUGCUGGGCUUGGCUGA